AUCUCUAACGAAGAGAUGCACGAGAUUCUCAAGCACACCCUCAUGGGCACAGGCGAGACCACCGAGCCCUUUGUCAAUCCACUUGGAGCCGUCAAGGUCCAGCGAUAUCCUCGCAAGCUGGGUCGGCGUCGUGGCUUCCGCAUCGACACCAGCGAGGCGAACGAGCCCCACGACGACGACUCCAAGGAUUUCAAGCUCGUUCUGCCGUCGGUCCUCCGGGAUGACGACGCCUCGACCGAGAGCGGGAUAACAACCAUGUUUGCCGACAGCAAGAUGCAGCCCAUGACCGACUCGUUCACAAAGUACAUGGACAUCCCAACCCAAGAGCUCGAGGAAGCUGCCGCUGCUCCGAGCGACGAUGCCGAUGGCACCGAGGCCAAGUCUGGCGACGAUCUCAAAGUCGCCCGGGCAAAGAGUUUCCGAUACGUCCGCAAGAAGGAGGCGCAGACAUCCGAGUGGUCGCUGGCGUUUGCGGUGGCCAUGAUCAAGCAACGGGCCAUGCCGAGGCCAAAGCAAAAGGACGAAAGCGAAGGCGAGACCCAGAGUAAUGCCACGAGCGUCAUCGAGGAGCUCGGCGACUUCUUGAACACCCCAUACACCGAGUACCCUGUUGUCCCCGAGAAGCACACGCCGGCCUACCAAGCCAUUUUCCAGACCAUGAUGCUCGCCCUGCGGGAGGGUGACCGGUUCCUCAAGUACGAGGCCGUCCGCAUUCUUGUCAUGAUGGGCGCACAGUUCAGCACCCUGGGUCGAUGGGACAACAUCUCCUUCAAGGCUGCCCUGCAUGAGAUGAUCCGGCACGGGGCGGAGCACCAGCGAUUCUUGGCAGCAACCACCCUGUGCGAGCUCGACAACGUGGACGAGCAUGUGUUUCGAGAGCUCCAGAAGGGGCUGGGUGAUGUCGAAGAACAACGGCGCAACAAGAGCAAGGCGAUGUUGGAGCGGAUGGGCACCGAGUAUGUGCACCAGGUCUUUUCGAUUCUGGUAGAAGAGAGCCGGAACAGCAGCUGGCGGGCGCGGCGGGAGACGGUCGAUCUGCUCGAGAAGUGGAUCCACCGCCUGUCGCCCAAGGCUGCUGUCGAUUCGGACGGGGCAUCCGAGCCAGCCCCAGGUAUGAACGGCAACGGCAGCACCAAUGACCCGAGCAACGGACCCAAGGGAUCGAACAAGGCCGCACGGCCUGCUCCCAAGCCCAAACCCAAGCCGCCGCCGACAGAGGAGGAAAUCAAGAAGCAGCAGGAGCGGCUCGAGAUGAUCGACCGGGCCGUGCAGAUCCUGCUCGACCUGAUGUGGAACGACUGGUCCACAGAAGUCCGCAAUGGCUCGGCACAAGCCCUUGGACGGCUUGGACGGGGCCGAUCGGUGUUUGAUCGGAUCGUGCAUCUUCUCGAGUCGAACGAUCCGCUCCGCAAGAUCGAUGCGCUCAAAGCACUUGGCUCGAUCGGGGUGAUGACCAAGAGCGCCAUGGACAACUACCUGGCAUGCUUUGUGGACUCGCACCACUCGGUCCGGAUCCAGGCAUGCAAGGUUGCCUGCGUCUUGGCAACGAACAACCGCCAGCUGGUCGGGGCGCUGAUCGACCGCUUUGACGACUACGACUGGCGAGUCCGGGCAUAUGCAGUAAAAGCCGUCGGGCUCUCACGCUGCAAAGAAUCCAAGAUCCGCGAGGCGCUGCUCUACUUUCUCUAUCACGAACCCGAAGCGCCCGUGCGGGUCGAAGCCGCCCGGUCGAUUGGCGAGCUCGGGCUGCUGGAAAUCGAUGCGGCCUUCAAGGACGCCCUCGUGACGGUCAUCGAAACCGACAAGAGCGAGAUGGUCCGGAAGGAGGCCCAGGCAGUACUGGUCCAGGCCCGUGCCAUCACCACCGAGACCAUCGGAGGCGCUCCCUCAGGCACAUCGGCUCCGUCUUCGGCCGGCGAUCGGGCGGCGGGACAUUCAGGACACCCAGGGCAUCCAGGGCAUCCAGGGCAUUCGGGGCACUCCGGGCAUGAGCCGGGAGACACGCAGGCUCACCACCCCGGCGGAGGAGGCAUGUUCUCAAGCCAUCCGUCCGCAACCCUGACCGAGAGCAACAAUACGCUGUCGAGCAUGUCGUCGCUCAGGGGCUCGACGCUGUUUCCGACCGCACCCACGGCUCGCCCUGUGCCGUUUCCGCACAUCCUCAGCGGCCGAUCCGAGGCCGAGGUCGACAUCUUCCUGCGCGACGAGCUCGUCGGCGAGAAGGAGCAGCGCGCUGUGAUCGAGCAGGUCGAGAACAUGACGACCAAGGGCCAGGUCAUUGCCGAGGUGCUGCAGCUCGAUGCCCUCUCGGCGUACAUGGAAGAGUCGGGCCUGGAUCUGGUCUUUGGUGCCGAGCACUCGCCCAUGGUCCACGAGAUCCACCAUCCCAGGCGGAGGAGGCCCAUUUCGCUCGGGCUGCCGGAGCCCCAGAUGCGGGGCGGCAGGCGUGUGCCCAAGAUCGAUUAUGCAUAGAGGAGUGACGGAGCGGAGGGACUUGUCUUUGUCGGUCAUGGGCCAAACACAACAACGAUACCCAUUCUCCUCGCUCUGGGAUGCGGGACCACUAACAUCGGUGCUGCCGAUGCUGUCCGUCAGAUGGGCGAGCCUGUUUCCACGCGAGAUCCUGGGUGACGAUUCGGCACACUUCCUGUCUGUCUUU